CCUCCCGGCAGUUGAUGAUGAUGAUGAUGAGGAGGAGGAGGAGGAGGAACUAGCUUACAGGCAGAUGUUCACUCGCUGAAGUUGGUCUCACGCAAUCUGAAACACAAGCACGUGUGCUGCGACGAAACAGCAGAUUAUCCCAGUGGAGAUUGCUCCUCAGAUUCAGCAAUGGCUGUUUGAGACCAACAUAGCCUUCCAGUGACACUCCCACCUCCCUCUCUCUUGUCUUUGUCCACACCCCUCUUUUCAUUUUGCGGUUCUAUUCUUUCACCCCUUCUCGGUUUCCCUGGCUGCCUGGUCUGUCCUCUUUUUCACUCACUGUCACUCCCCUGUUAGCUCCUCUGAGUUGAGGCUGAAGGCUGUAAAUUGCUCACAAUGGUUGCUGAGGUAGACUCGGUGUCUCAGGGCAGUGGUGUGCGGCUGAAGCAGGAGAUUUCCCUCCUCCAUGGGGUCUGUCUCAUCGUGGGAAAUAUGAUAGGCUCUGGAAUAUUUGUCUCACCCAAGGGGGUUCUUAAGUACACAGGCUCAUUUGGCCUGUCCCUGGUAGUGUGGGCCAUUGGAGGGGUAUUUUCUGUGUUUGGAGCGUUGUGCUAUGCUGAACUGGGUACCACAAUCCGUAAAUCUGGAGCCUCCUACGCCUACAUCCUGGAGGCCUUUGGAGGAUUCUUGGCUUUUAUUCGAUUGUGGACGUCUCUGUUGAUAGUUGAGCCAGCUUGUCAGGCAGUGAUUGCUCUGACCUUCUCCAACUACCUGGUCCAGCCCUUCUACCCCACCUGUUCAUCCCCUUAUGACGCCGUCCGCCUCAUCGCUGCUGUCAUCAUAUGUCUGCUGACUUGUGUGAACUGUAUGAAAGUGAAAUGGGGCGCUAUUCUUCAGGUCAUCUCUACUGUAGCCAAGGUCCUGGCCCUUAUUGUCAUCAUCAUUGCUGGCCUGGUUAAGCUUGCACAAGGUUUUGACCAGAACUUUGAGGACUCAUUUAAAGGCUCUAAGGUGGACCCUGGUAAUAUGGCCCUGGCCCUCUAUUCAGCACUCUAUUCCUAUUCUGGCUGGGACACACUCAACUUCAUCACAGAGGAGAUAAAAAACCCAGAGAGGAAUCUGCCCUUGUCCAUCGGUAUUUCCAUGCCCAUUGUCACAGUGAUCUACAUCUUGACCAAUGUAGCUUACUACGUCGUCAUGGAUGCAGACAAAGUACUCAGCAGCGACGCCGUGGCUGUGACGUUUGCAGAUGAGGUUCUGGGCUGGGCUCGAUGGCUGAUCCCUCUGUCUGUGGCCAUUUCCUGCUACGGAGGCCUCAACUCCUCCAUUAUUGCUGCCUCAAGGUUAUUUUUUGUUGGUUCCAGAGAAGGCCACCUACCUAAUGUCCUGUGCAUGAUCCACAUUAAGCGUUUUACUCCAAUUCCUGCCCUGCUUUUCAAUGGUGCCAUGUCUCUAUUCUACCUGUCUGUGCCUGAUGUUUUCCAGUUGAUCAACUACUUUAGUUUUAACUACUGGUUGUUCAUCGGCCUGUCAAUAGCCAGCCAAAUAUACCUUCGCGUCAAAUUUCCGGAUAUGCACCGACCUGUUAAGCUGUCUUUAUUCUUCCCAAUCGUCUACUGCGUGUGCAGCGUAUUCCUGGUAGUGGUUCCCCUCUACAGUGACACCAUGAACUCUCUGGUGGGAAUUGCUGUGGCGUUGUCUGGUGCACCGGUCUACUACAUUUGCAUCCACCUGCCGGCCAGCUCCAGACCGGCCUUCCUCGGAAAAAUGCUCGAUAGGAUCUCCCUAUACACCCAAAAACUGUGCAUGUGUUGUGUGGCCUCGCCUGAUAUUGACCUGGACAAUAUAGAUCCAGAAAAGGUCAAAUGAUGGGGCAACAAAGGACUCGGCCGGGACUGUAUGGAAGGAUGGCAGAGGAAGAACGAACACAAAGGAACCUGUGAGCUGCAGACAAUCAGUAUUUAGAGGAGUGUAACUUGAUUUGGUUGUAGGAAGAACGAUUGAGAGACUGGAGAGAUGAGCUCAACACACUCUUUCUCUCACACGAGCCAUAGAAAUAAAGAAGCAGAAUUUAGAAUUUGUACAUGAUAACCCUCCAACAAACAGCACUGUAUAGAUUAACUCAGUGGACCUCGUGCACAUUCACAUGCUAUUGCACAAUGCAGUGUUGGUUGUCCCUCCACACAUGCCUAUACACUGCAAUUCACACACGUACAUAAGCUGACCGAAAGAUUUAGGGUGACACUGCAGCACAUGGAAAUUAAUAACCUGAUCCAGAAGGACCUGACACAGCAAAGAUGCCUGCGGAGAUUUAUUCACAAACAGGAGGUUGGUACAGAAAAUACAUAUGUGAAGUUGAAAAAAGGUUAAUUAAAUGUCGUACAUGUGUUGCCUCACGUCUCACAUGUGAAACACGCUACUGUAGCUUAUGUGAAUGUGGGAAAGAUGAGCUUGAACCAGUGGUUCCCAACUGAAAUAUGAAGUUACUCACCCCUCCAAGGUUGCAAAUGUCACAGUAUGGUGGCCAAUUCAGCCAACAAAUAAUUCUUCUUACUAUUUGAACAUUUAACGGCCCUAAGAUCAUAAUAGUCCUCAGUAAUUCACAAAUAUAAAGUCUUAAAUAUAUUUUUUUAAAUCCCGUCGCUCACAACGAGAUUUAUCUGGUGACCCAAUGGGUUGAGUCCCAGCCACUGGUUUAAAUGCUAAAAGGUGCAGACUUAAAGACCCUCCCACUGCUUGUGUUUAAAGGUUUGAUGGAUUUGCAUCAACGUCAGGCAAGUUAUUUGCCAGUGUGUAUGUCACAAUUAUAGUUACGUUAGUUUUUUAGCUAGAGUUUAUACAUCAACUGUAUGGCAGCCAGAAAAUGUCCAAAAACAUUGUUCUUGGACUUGUUGACAGACCUCUGUAAACUGCUGCAAAUUUGCACAUCUUGCAUGUUCUGUUUUGUUUUACAGCUGGCUUUUUUGUUAUGGAAAAGCUUUAUUAUGACCUAUUACUAAAGUGAAGGGCCAACUUGGCGGGUGUAGAGGGUUUUUAGUAAUUAGUUAUGAAGAGAUUAUUUACAAGUGCUGUUACUUCUUGUGUCAGUUGACUUUAAGUGGUUUCAUUUUAUAAGUGGUGAUCCUACUAUAUGAUCAUAAAUCUGUCACUGUUCACAUGCAUGUGAAAUGUUAUCUUUCAGCUAAAUCCUUUAAAUGCAUCUUCAGGGCUAUAUUUGAUUUCUGUUGCCUCCUAGUGGUAGCUAAUCUUAACUUCAAGAGGCGAGCUGUAGUUUGUCUCCCAAGUGUCAUUCAAGAGUCCAUCUGCAGCUUGUGUGUUUAUGCAUUUACUGUCAUCUUGUUACCUUGUUCUCUCUUUUUUAGCCAUUUCCAACCACAAACUGGUGUGAGGAAUGUAACUGAAAAGUUUUAAAACUUGUGAUUGUUUCUAGAUUAAGAAAAGGUACCUUCAGAACGGUGUCUUUAUAGAUACAUACCUCAGGAUCAACCAUGCUGAUGUGCACAUGUAGUUGCUGAUAUUUAUCUUUCUUUUUUUAGCCACUCUUACCUUGAGAGUUUGUAUCACAGAUGGGAUAUUUAAUGUAAUGUUGCCUUUUUGAAUAUAUAUAUAUAUAACCAAUUGGACCAUUUAUUCACAGUGCAUAACCAAAGGUCUUCAACAGGCUAAUAGUUGGACCAUCUCUAUGCUCAGUGAGCCUGUAGCAAAGUGUCUCUUCUUCCUAGUGAGAACUAUAGCUGUAACUACAGAUAGAAACUAACUGUGGUGUUUGCAGUGUACAGUGGUCUUUAUGAACUGUACAGUGGUCUUUAUGAACUGUACGUGCCUUCUGUGAGUGUGGUCUGCCAAAGGCCGUGUCUAUUUUUGAUAUUGUAACGUUGCUUUUGUGUACGGUGUCUUGAGCACAAUCAUUGACACACUGCUGUAGGGUUUGCCAAAAUGUUCUUUGGGUGCUCAGUUCAAAAAAAAAAAAAAAAAUGAAUCUGCUUCAGAUGUAGUUAACUAUCGGUUGGAAAUAUUCUGGCCUUAUAUUGAACCAUCCUGAUAAAAGCACUUCCACAACACCAGCCAACUGAAGCACACAGAUAUUUGUUGAAUGUUGCUUUCUCUGGGGUCAAAGUCAUCAUUUAUACUAGUCAGUUUUGUGUGUGUGUGUUGAAAGGAAAAACUAACAUAUCUGCAGUAAACGCAUAAUAUUUACAAUGUAUUUUUCAUUCUGUCAUUUUAUGGACUUAUUAUAGACUCAGAAACUUGAAUGUUAUAUUUUAUGUAUUUCAUCAGGUACCAAUUUGGGCGUUCUGGUUGGGUUGUGUUUUGUGUAUGUGUAGAAUUGUUGACUGUUUUUAUUUAUCAUAUUUUGGACAAACCAAAUGGCAGGAUAUACUUUUCAUGUCUUGUUUGCUCGGACUGAGGCAGGAAAGUGUUGUUUUAUUUGAAUAAAAGCAAAACAGAAUGUGCGUCUCACUAAAUUUGACUGUGUCCUCAACCUUAACUGGAAAUAUAGACCCGUCCAACCUUUAGUGGCAAUGGACAGCACACAGCCACUAGAGGUCAUAGUCUUGUAACACUUAAUAAAAUCCUGUCAAACUGCAA